AUGGCGUCCUCCGUCAUGAUCAGUACCAUUUUUUCUUCCUUGCAAACUUGGGAGGUGAAUCGGGAUGCUAAACCUGAAUUCGUUCAUGAAUUGAGGUUGAUGAAGGUUAAGCUAAGGAAUCUCAUGGCUUUUGUCGUAUCUGCUAAAACGUUGGGCAAAGAUGCCCAUCUGGAAUCUCUCUUGCUGCGGAUUGAAAUUUCUGUUGCAAGAUAUUCCAAGGAGAUUCAACGUGUGUGUGGGGGUGAACCUGAUGUCUUGCUGAAAUGGUUCCUUAUCAUUGUAGACGAGAUCAUCCGGUUCGAAGAAGAACUACAUGCUCGCUACAGUGAUAUGUUUCCAGAUCACAAGAAUCAAUCAUCAUCAAGUUCACUAACAGCAAAAGAAAUCGUGGGGAUCAUUGAUUCCGUUCUUGAGAAUCUAGUUGAUUUUCCUUUGAUUUUCCGGGAUCAAAAUUCUCACCUUUUGCCUUUGGUGAAUGCGAUGGAUGCCCUGCGAACCCAGAUGAAGUUCUUGAAAAAUUUCCUCCAAUUUGUUGUAGUCUUCGAGCCGACUCCUGAUCCUGAAAAUUUGUUGAGUCACUUUGAAGCUGUUGCAAUCAACGCUGCCCGUCUCUUCAUAGGAAUUCCCGUUGAUGAGUUUGAUGAGAAAUGGUCUCUGGAAAUGCAGAACAAGUGUUUAGUACUCCUCCAACAAAUCAAGCCUGUUGAUCCUCAAGUCUGUCAGAUUUACACUGAAGCUCUGAGUAGCUUCAAAUCUUCCACUCUAUUAUUACAAACUGACGCUCAAGUUUGUCAGGAUUUCCUGGAUUCUCUCAUAUCAGAUCUUUGGGAUCUGCUGCGACUAGAUGCCGGUUAUCUAGAUUCCAAAAAAAAUCAAUGGCAAGUCCUGUAUGAAGGACUAAGAUACUUGAGAACCAUUCUGAAGCGGAAGCCGCAACAGCCAGAAAAAGUUGAUGGGAAAGUCAGAGAUCAAAUUGGGACUCUGGUGCGUGAUGCUGGAGUCUUGAUCUUCUCGUUUCACCAUUCGCAGCCCGAUGAAACUAACCAUGGCCUUGAAGAUCUGGUCAAAAGAAUUCUGGUCAUUCAAUCAGAAGAAACUGAAGAGAAUGAUGCUGCUGAGGUCGAAUUUUCCACCACUAAUGUGGUGGAGUUUGUUGACUCUUUGCUCGGAGAUCUCAAGGAGCUGACAAGUUGCAACGGUGAUCCAACCUCCAAGAGUCAUGUUCAAACUAUCCAAGACGAACUCAACUCCUUAAGAUCUUCCUUUAAGGAAGCUGAGGGUUUUCUACCUCUCCAGAAUCGUGUUUUGGAUGUAGCUUACAGAGUGGAAUUUCUCCUGGAUCAGUUAGCAGUUGGAGAUAUUCCUGAUUCUCUCUCGCUGUUAUCUGAUUCCAUUGUUAAGGACUUGGUAAAUAUCAAGGCCGAUUUAUUACAGAUUUCUUGUACAAGUCCCCAAAGUCCUUCCUCAGCAACAAAUGAAGCUGUAAUUUCUUCUCAAGACCACACACAGUUAGAGUCGACGACUGAUCAGUCUCGCCAGUGGACUUCCUCAAACACCAGUAAUGCUGAAAAUCUCCAUGGACAAUCAGAAAUAACAUCCAGUUCUCAAUCUCCCCAGAAGCCAUCCUCAACAACAAAUGAUGCAGUAGAUCUUCAUGGACAGGCAGAAUCAAUCAUGAAUCAGCUCAAAAGCGGAACAAAAAACUUAAAGGCAGUUGCUAUUUGGGGGAUGCCAGGUGUAGGUAAGACUACUUUAGCUUCAAAGAUAUACAAUGAUCAAAGAAUUAUGAAACAUUUUGCUGUUCGUGCAUGGUGUCCAGUUUCUGAGCAAUUUGACAAACGCAAAGUGUUGAUUGAGAUUUUGAAUCAGAUCAAUGAGAUGACUGCACAAAAAUUAGCAGAGAAACGAAAAGAGUUGUUUAACAUUCUGGAACAAAUUGAUCCCAAAAGGUUUUCUGAGCUAACUGAAGAAGAUUUUGCAGAUAAAGGGAAAAUGUUAAAAGAGUUUCUAGAUCAAAUGAACAAGAUGCCGGUGGAGGCAUCAACUCGCAAACGAGAAGUAUUUUGCAAUCUUCUAAAGGAAAUUGAUGAGGGUAAGUACUUAAAGAUGGGUAAUGAAGCUCUUGCAGACAACCGGAAAGUGCUAAGUGAACUUUUCGCCCUAAUUUAUCCUGAAAGGUAUUCUGAAAUGGAUGAAAAAGCUCUAGAAGAAAAGGUAGCUCGAUGUUUGAAGAGAAAGAAAUAUCUCAUAUAUUUGGAUGAUGUAUGGUCCACCAAAGAUUGGGAUAGCUUGAGCCUGUCAUUCCCUGAUGAUUCCACUGAAAGUAGAAUAAUGGUCACAAGCCGGCCUUCAAAUAUUGUUCCUCGUCCAAUGCUUGAGUCUGAACCGCAUUUGCUUAACCCACUCACGACAGAUCAGGGCUUCAAGUUACUGCAAAGCAAGUUGUUCCCUGGAGAAGAUUGGCCUCCUAUCUUAUCUGAAUUUGGGUGGCAAUUUGCAGAAUAUUGUAAGGGAAUUCCUCUUACAAUUGUUACUGUAGCUGGUCUCCUUGCAAAAGUGGAGCGACAGAGUUGGAAUAAUAUUCUUGAAGAUUUAGUUUCAGGGGCCAGCUCUGGUGCAGAGACAUACGAGACAUUCAUGAACGCCAUGGAGUUGAAAAAGGAAAGUUUCUUCCACCUCUUGAAUGGUGUGCACGAUCAGCUUUCAGAUUUCAACGAGCCACGCUACCUGCGAAGAUUGUGCAUUUACUAUGAAGGAAAGGGUUUUAAGGAUUCGAAACUGUUUUGUCCUCGAGCGCGUUCCCUGAUGCUUUUCUCCUCUCAAAAGAAGCCAGGGUACGAGCAAUAUUGGCUUGCCACCUCCUUCAUCAUUCCCAUCUUCAAACUUCUCAAAGUGCUGGAUUUGGAGCAGAUUCAUUUGGGUGACGAGUUCCCGAGUGAAAUAGAAAUCCUCCUUCAGCUGAGGUACUUGUCAGUUCGAGGCGGGAUGGAAGCCAUCCCGGCUUCUGUUGGUAAGCUGUCAAACCUGGAAACUUUGAUUGUGUACCUGGAGAGAGUACACUUGAAUGUUUCAUUUCCGCGUACUCUUUGGAAUCUAAAGAAAUUGAAAUGGCUUUUCAUAAAUUCCGGGGGUGGUAUUCUGCCAGUCGAAAAUCUAGAGGAUUCCCCUGUUUUGCAGGAGCUGGAGAGUCUAUCUUGUGCUGUCAUAUACUCCCAUGCCAUCAUGGAGAAACAGCUGCGAAAGUUUCCAAACAUCCGCAGGUUGAAAUGCGACCUUUCCCGGCUGUUUGCUCAGAACCAGAAUCUCAAUGAGAUUGUAGUUCCUGGCUUCUUGGAAAAACUAGAAUCUCUUCAUUUGCUGCUUUCUGAUUUAACCUUGAUGAAGCAGAAGAGGCAUGCCACAUUUGAUUUCAGUUUGCCGGCAAAUCUUAAGAAGUUGACGUUGUCAAGGUUCGGAUUGCCUUGGGAGAAGAUUUCAGCCAUUGGUAAAGAACUCAAUCAACUUGAGGUUCUCAAGCUUCUUGAUUCCUGUUUCGUGGGGGAUACAUGGGAGAUGCAAUAUGAUGAAUUCCAGAACCUUAGAUACUUGAAACUGGCGAGGUUGGACCUCGUGAACUGGACAGCUGAUGCUAGUUUUGAGUACUUGGAGAAGUUGGUGUUGGAAAGCUGCAGCAAUCUGGUUGACAUUCCAAGUUGUUUAGGAUCUGUCACAAAACUCGAGACGAUUGAUGUCAUUUCUUGUUCAGACAGCUUAGAAAGUGUAGUCCAAGAAAUUGAGAGAGAACAAAAGGAGGACUGGGGAAAUAAAUCCUUCAGGGUGCGCAGCCGUUGA